CUGUGAGACUGAAACCCACGCCACGCACAUGAGCAGAGUCGCGGAGUCAAGAGGCAUGUGAUCUGGAAGACUCGGCUCGAGCUGGGAGGAAACGCGAAUUAAUGGUGGAAAGCCGCACCGCUUUCCGCCGCCGCCCAUCCCGAUGCCCUCGCGCCAGCCACCUCUCCCCUCGCCCUCGCCGCCGCCCGCCGCCCGCCACCACCAGCGCCGCCCUCACCUCGCCGCGGCGGGGGCGGGGGCGGGGGCGGCGGCGGCGCUGGUGGUGGUCGCGGUCGUGCUCGUGGUGAUGCUGUGGUGGCGGAGGAGGAAGCGGGCGUGGGCAACGGGGAAGGAGACAGAGGGUGCGGGGGUCCUGCGGCGCGUGUCGUACCGGCAGCUGCGGCGCGCCACGGGAGGGUUUGUGGCGGGGAAUAAGCUGGGACAAGGCGGGUUCGGGCCCGUGUUCCGCGGCGUGCUCUCGGUGAAGGGAGGCGGAGGAGGAGGGAAGGAUGGGCGGCCCGUGGCCGUCAAGGUCAUGCACGCCGCGGGGUCGCUGCAGGGCGAGCGCGAGUUCCACAACGAGAUCGCCGUCGCCUCCCACCUCCUGGCCUCGGCUGCGGAGCCCGGUGAGGAGGCUCGCGACUCCAUCCUGCUACCGUUCGCGUACUCGAUGUCGGCGCGGGGGGAGGCGCGGGCGCGGCGGAUGAUGCUAGUGUACGACCUGAUGCCCAACGGGUCGCUGCAGGACGCGCUGCUGGGGCGGCGGCGCCCGGAGCUCGUGCAAGAGUGGCCGCGCCGGCUCGCGGUGGCGCGCGACGUCGCCGCUGCGCUCCACUACCUCCACUCCGUCGUCAAGCCGCCGGUCGUGCACGGGGACGUGAAGCCCAGCAACGUCCUGCUCGACAUGGACCUCCGUGCACGUCUCGCGGACUUCGGCCUCGCCCGCGUGAAUUCCGACCUUGACCCCGACGGCAAGCCGGAGAGCGGCGUGAUUGCUGAAGGCGACGUGAUUGCCGAAGGGGGUGAUGUGAAUGGGAAUCCCGAUGGGGGAUGUGACGAUGACGUCUCGGUGGUGGCGGAGAGCACAGUGACUACUACGGUGAACGGGGAGGCGAAUAUUGCGCCCAAAUCGCCGGAGGAUGAUGAGGGCUUCACAUCUGCAUCACCGGCAGAGGCCGCGUCCACUUCUGGGUUUGACAGAACAAGCGUUGACAGUGGUGUUAACAGCCGCAGCUGCAAUGGCGGCUCACGUACCGGUGGUGCCACGGCAUCAGGCACUGGGAGUGACUGGUGGUGGCGGCAGGACAACGGUGCAGCGAGCAAUGGCGUAAAAGACUAUGUGAUGGAGUGGAUUAGAUCAGAGAUCAAGAAGGAGCGCCCCAAGAGCGACUGGAUUGCAGGGGCAGCUGUGACAAAUCCAGUCUCAGAGAGGAAGAAAACGAAGCGGAGGGCUCGGGAAUGGUGGCGUGAGGAUUAUGUCGAUGAGCUCACCAAGAAGCAGAAACGACGGUCACUUGCCAAAUCGAAGAGCGAGCAGACAGGUUUGCAAUGGUGGGAGAGGGAUAUUGAUGAUGACUUGGAUGAGAAGGCGCGGUCCAAGUGGAAUAUGGUGAAGAGCUGGAGUCGGAGGAGCAGCAAUAGCAACAGCAAUGGCAAUGGCAGCAUUAACUGGUGGGUGAACGGUGCAAGAAGCAGCCGUGACUGGGCAAGUGGUGAAUUCGUGCCCAAGAGCGGCGGUACAGUGAGCAGCACGCCGAGCAUGCGAGGCACGGUAUGCUAUGUGGCUCCAGAGUACGGUGGCGGCGGCCCUUUAUCGGAGAAAUGUGACAUCUACAGCUACGGCGUCCUGUUACUUGUUCUUAUCUCCGGGCGCCGGCCAUUGCAGGUGACAGCGUCGCCCAUGUCCGAGUUUGAGAAGGCAAGCCUUAUAUCUUGGGCAAGACACCUUGCACGCGCCAGCCGCCUGCUUGAUCUUGUUGACCCUGCCCUGCGUGAUGUUAACCAUGACGAGGCUCUGCUCUGCAUUACUGUCGCACUGCUCUGCAUCCAGAGGUCUCCAACUCGUCGACCAUCGAGUGAGGAGGUGAUUCGGAUGCUCUCUUGUGAGGGAGAACUGCCAAAGCUCCCGCUGGAGUUCUCGCCGUCGCCACCUGGUGGGUUCCCUUUCAAAUCCCGGAAGAAAGUUCGGUGAGUUGGUUUCGGUUCUUGCUUAGAUGCAAAAGGUAGCAUUAACCUUGUGCCUUUAUGUAUGUUUUUUUGUUGUACACAUUCCUAGUUUCUGUCUUCUUUUUUACUUACUACUAAUAUAUAAAUCUCCCUGGAGGAAAAAGGUAACGAUAAUCUCAAUUCACAUUUGACAAGAA